AUUUCUCCUUAAUUAAAUAGUUUUUAUUAUAAUGUUCAUCAUCCAAUUCUCUCUUAAAAAUAUUAUCAAAUAACUUCUUACAAUUCUCUUUUGGUUAUGACCUAAAAAUAUGAUACAAAUAAGAUCUUUUAUAAAAGAACAACUAUCAAAAAUUCUUUUACAGUUUUUCUGGUUUUAGAAAAGGAUAUUAAUAUUACAUAAUUUCUUAUAAUUAUGUUUUUUCUAGGAUUUAAAAAAAUUAAAAAACUAUCAAAAAAUGAUUUCGGGUUAAUAUUAACAAUUUUUAAAGUUUACUUUUUAAAAAAUUAAUUUUUUUCAAUAUCACUAAUAUUUUUUCAAUUAUAUUUUUUCUAGAAUUUAAUUUUAAUAACUAUUGUACUUGUAGGAUUUUAUAAUUCGGUUUUUCUUACAAGUUUAUUUUUUUUUUAUAAUUCUCUUUGUUUAAUAUCUUUAAAAUAUAUAUACAUUAUAUAUUAUUUAAAAAAAAUGAGAAAAAUUACUUUCAAAUAGCUUUUUGCAAUUAUUUAUUUGUUUAGAAUUAAGAAAAUGAAAAUUACUAUCAAAUAUUUUUAACAAUAACAUAAGUUUAAAAGACUAUGUAGUAGUAAUUUUUUUUAAAUCCUUAAAAGAACUGUAAGAACUUUUUUGCAAUGAGAAUUUUAUUUUUCUAAAUCUUUUUUAAAUCCUAUACAAAAGACAAUUGUAUCAAAUUUAUUACACAUGUCAUAAUAUUAAAACAAAUAAUGCAACGAAAAAUUCUUUUCAAAUAGUUUUUUUUUAAAUUAUUUUCGGUUUAGAUUUUUUUUUAAAAAAAUUAAAAUUAACAUUUUAACCAUAUAUAAUGUAAAAUAUUAUGUAAUAGUAAUUUGCCUUUUUUUAAUCCUAAAAAGAACUGUGACAGACUAUUUUUGUAAUGAGAAUUUUUCUUUUCUAAAUAUCUUUUAGAUCCUAAACAAAAGAAAAUUGUAUCAUAUAUUUGAAAUCGUAUAAGGAAAAUAUCCUAUGAUAGCACUAAAAAAGUUUAUGUCACAUAUAUAGACUCUAAGAAUCAAAAUGACCAAAAUGUUUCAUUAAAGAAGCAAAUGUACACUUAUACCUCUAGGAUUAACUAAUUCAAACAUGAAGGUUUAGAGUUAAGGGGUGGAGAUUUGGGAUUGAGAAUUAAAAUUUUAUAAAAUAAAAAUAAAUAUUUAAAAUUUGAAAAAAAAAAUUUAAAAUAGUUUCAAAAAGUAUUUUCGAAUUAUAAAAAGAAAAGAAAUUAAAAACAAUUAAAAAAGUUCGAAUUUGAAAACAUAUAAUCUAAAACUAUAAAAAAAAAUUAUUUUUAAAUUAUUUUAAUUUUUUUUUAGUUUUUUUUUAAAAAAUUUAAAUUUUUUUAUAUAUCUAGGGUAUUAGGGACUUUUUACUUAUUAAAUGAAACAUUUUGGUCAUUUUCUCCUUGUGAUCUAUUUUUGUGUUCAAAACUUGAAAAUUGUCUAUUUAGGAGAAUUACCUAUAUCAUAAUCUUAAAAUUUUAUUGACAUAUGUCGCAAUUAUGUUAAUUAGCAAUUUUGAAGAACUAAAUUUUAUAUAAUAAGAUCUACUUUCUCAGAAAUUUGAAUGACUGAAAAAUAUUUUCUGAAAAAAAAGCCCAAAAACUGUAAACAAUUAACAUCUUAUAUUUACUAAUCAUUUACCUUGUUUGUUUUAUUAGCAGCUCACAAGUGGUAGACUCCCUAUAUCUGAAGCCCAUUACACAUUCAAUGAUUUGUAAGCCCAAUUCUGACAAUAUAUAUACAUAGAUUUAUAACUUUGUACAAGUUAAAUAAAUCUUAUUCAUAUACACACAAACAAAACCCACGACCGGUCCUCGGCAAAGCCUAACGAAACAUUAGUAUUAGGCCUCCAAAAAUUUUGGAAAAAAUUAUAUAGAAAAAAACUCCCAAAAGUAAUUUUUUAAGCCUCCAAAUCUACCAAAAAAAAAUUAAGCUGAAAUUUUUUAAAAUCCGCCAACAGCUCCCUAAAUUUUAGGUUCGGCUCUGACAAAACCCUAAUGCCAUUGAUGGAGAAACCAGACAAUAGGGAGAUGGAUUUGCUCACAGAUGGAUUACCACCAAUCCCUAUCCUAUUGACGAAGAUACCAAAGAUCAGUGGAACGGAAUCGCUGCUAGAGGAUCUGUAUGCGAUUAUACUAGCCAAGUUACCACUAACGAGCAUAAUCACUUUCAAACGGGUUUGCAAGCAAUGGAAAUCACUCGUUGAGUCUCCUUUUUGCCGCGAUCUUUAUCUGUCUAUGCACCAAAACUCGUAUUAUUCUUCUUGGUCGUUCAUGUGUAGAGGUUGCGAGACAGAAACCAUGGCUCACUACGGAUCCGAUAACUGGUGUCUUACCCGUUCUCUCGGUUCUUACAUCUCGUCUUUUCUAGCCGAAAAGUUCGAGAACCGAGAAGGUAGAGUCGUGGCUUACACCGAUGUUGGAUUGAUAUUGAUUUACGUAGUCACGAACCAAUCUUUCUACGUGGCUAAUCCUGUCUCAAGGCAAUGCGUAGAGAUCCUGCCUCAUAAUCAUGCAAUGGAACGUUUUUGGAUAUUGGGGAUUGUGACUCGAACUGAGGACGAAGUCGUUUUGGGUUACAAAGUUGUUUUGUUAGAGAAGAAGAAGAACUUUACUAGUUUCUUGAUAUAUUCAUCUGAGACCGGCUCGUGGAGUCUUGAAACUGUUAGUUUUCCUUUCACUUUCAUCGCUCAGGAAUUUAACAAUCCCAUUAGCCUGAACGGAAAGCUUCACUGGCUCGCUCACAAUCCGGAGUAUAAAGAUUUUCUUGUAUCCUUCGAUUUCUACCCUAGUGGAGACAAGGGUUCUGAUCGAUGUCGUGUUACACCUUUCCCUGACUUAGACAAAACAACUAAAUUCAAAAGAGCUUGCACAACUUGUCAAGGGUUUCUCAUGUAUAUUAACAUAGUCUCUGUAGCCGAAGUUGAUAAGCUGUGUGUAUGGAGGCUAAAGAGCGAAGGAUGGCAACUAGUAUCUGAAAUCUCUACUGAUAUUGUAACGGCUGGUUUUGAUUAUAUUCCGUUGGGGAUGAAUCCUUUUGAUGAUAAACUAGUGUACUUUUGGAGGGGAAACAUGGAGGGCCAAGAUUUGUUGUCUAUUAACUUACACAUUGGGGAGUUUAUGGUCCACGAAGAGUUGGAACGUAGCAGCGACGGUCGCGUUCUGAGUUCCGUUGGUGGUCCGAGAGAGAUAGAAUACAUAAAGGAAACAUUUUAUUCCUCGUUCGUUCUCCCGAGGUGGCUGCAUCCUUUCCCGAACUAGGUGCGAGUUUAAAAUAAAAAUAAAAAAAUAAUAAUAUAUAUUAUGCAAAACUUAACCUGUUUCUUUCUCUUCUUGAUAAUUACUGUUGUUUCCUUAUGCAAGAUGAAGAAGUUGUCGGAUGGUGUUUGCUAGAAAACUCUUAUCAAUGAAUCUUGUAACUUAUUUUACUGGCAAAUUAUACCCAACUGGGGAAGUUGUAAGAGAAAACUUUCAUUUGGAUCGCUAUUUUUAAAGUAUUUUUCAAGAGAGACCUUUAGAAGUAGGGUUAAUUUGCUGAAUAACUAUAUUGGAAAAAAUAUUAGUUUUGUAGUAAGAGGAUAGAGAGGGGGUGCUAUGGUUUGUUGGUGAAAUAUAGUUUUUUUCAGUUAUCAAAUUUCCCUUAGAAGUAUCAUUUAAGAUUAUCAACGGCAUAAACUUCUGGAUUCCCCCAACUUUUUGCUCGUUCCUACCAGUGUUCAGCAGUCAAUAAAAUUUGAUAAGUUGAUGAUUUGUUAAAAAAAUCAAAUAAGAGAAAGAAAACCUUCGUAUCUAUAUCUAGGAAAAAACACUUGCAUAGGUCAACAUUUCUCUGACUGAAUAAAAUAAAUAGCUUAGUAUUAUCGCUAUCAGUGCACUGAAGAAAUUUAGAGAAACAAGGAGUGAAUAAACGGAGGAAUAAGAUCACGAUAUUUUGGUUAAGAAAAGAUGUUGUACACUCUUGAAACCCAAAAUAUUAUGGCUGCAACUGGAAUGCUGCCAUUUAGCGAAAUAAAAUUGUUUGGAAUGCUUCUGAUUCCAUAGAAUUCCUUAAAAUAUUCAUGAGUUACAAUGAAAUGUUGUUUAUAACAAUUUCACUUAUACUAUUUUGGAAUUAAACAGAAAAAAAUAUUUUUAAAAUCUAUUCGAUUUAUUCAGGAUCUAAAAAUUUCUUGGAUCAAUGGAAUGCAUUAUUCCAUCAAUAAAGUCAGUUUUGAUUCCACUUCAUCCAUCAUUCCAUUUUUUUUUCUAUUCCACAGACAAUCAGUCAUAUUAUUCAGCAGAUUCCAUGUAGAAAAAAACAGUUAGCCUAUAUGUUAAAUUAUUUUAUUUUAUUUUUUAAUAUCAAAUACAUAAAAAGUGGGUUGAAUAUAACUGGUAUGUUGGUGUGAUAUAUGCAAAAAAAAAUGUAAAACAACAAAAAGUAUAAAGAUAACUACUAGCACAUCACAUAUAUAAACAAACUAACCACUAGUUAUGAGAAAAGAAUAAAUACUAAGGGGGCGACUGGUUUUCCCGUUACCACCUGCAAACGCAGCUUUUACGGUUGGUAGCGGUUGUCGGUGGUUUGCAACAAUCACUGAAAUCGCUGUAAACCGUUUCAAACCGCUCUGAAUCUCAUAAAUUCAAAAGCUGGCUCCAGCUAGCGUUUGCGGUUGCAGGCCGUUGCGGGAGGGUAAAUUUAUUUUUGUUUUUUAAAAAAAUAUAUAUACAAAAGUAAAAAUAUUU